AUGAAGCCACGACUUCAGCACGCCCUCGGUCUGCAACGCCGCCUGCUCGCACAGCCGCCGACGUUGCCUGGCCCGUUGUCCCGGCGUGCCCCUGAGCUGUCGAGAUGCCGGGCCUUCAACACAUCUGUCCCAAGACGCGUGUCUCCCGCUGAGGGCCGAGGGGGCGGCAACCAGCGGACGGCAGCGGCAACUGCCAAACGGGUAUCGGGACCCGCUUCGCCUCGACGUGCCGUGGCGGCAGCCGGGCUCGCGGGACUCGUAUCUGCGUUGGCGCUACUGCAUCUCUCCUCCACAUCUCCGACAUCCUUUGACUCCCCGGCCUCCGCCGUUGCCUCGGCCUUUUCUGCUGCCGCCGCCGCCCACUCGGACCCGGACCCGGGCCCCGUCUUCACCAAGUCGCCUUCCGGCCCCAGCUCCACUGCCGCCGACAACCGCGACCCGGACCUGCCACGCUUCCGCAUCUCAGAGGUCCGCAAGCACGGGGCCGACUCGGACAACCCUUGGGUCAUCCACGAGGACAAGGUCUACGACAUCACUGACUGGGUCCCUGCCCAUCCCGGCGGUCAGGUCAUCCUGCGUGCCGCUGGCGGCUCCAUCGACCCCUACUGGAACAUCUUCAGCAUCCACAAGAAUCAAUACGUCUACGAUAUCCUUGCGCAGUACCUCAUCGGCUACAUCGACCAAGCCGACCUCAUUGACGGCCUGCCUGCCCAGGAUGAGAUUGAGGAUCCUUUUGCCGACGACCCUCAACGAGACCCGUCACUCAUCACCAAGACGGCCAAGCCACGGAAUGCCGAGACGCCGGGCGAAGCAUUGAGUUCCCAGUUCCUCACUCCCAAUGAGCUCUUCUAUGUCCGCAAUCACAUGUGGGUGCCCACGAUAGACGAGCCGGCUGCCGACAAGUACGUCCUCACUGUCGAGCUCGUCGAUGGGACCACCAAGCAGUACACUCUUCAGGACCUCAAGUCCAGAUUCCCGAGCCACACCAUCACUGCCGUCCUGCAGUGUUCUGGCAACCGCAGGAAACACAUGACCCAGGGCUCUGGCAGAUCUACCAACGGCCUUCAAUGGACUGCCGGGGCUAUUUCGAACGCCACGUGGGAGGGCGUCUUGCUAUCCGACGUUCUGGCCGAUGCUGGAUUUGAAGUGUCUGAGGCUUUGAGCGGCGAGAGUGAGGCCAAACACGUCCAUUUUGCCGGCCUCGAAGCAUACGCCGCAUCUAUCCCUAUCAAAAAGGCCGUUGACCCCCAAGGCGACGUGUUACUCGCGUACUCGAUGAACGGGCAGCCACUGCCACGCGACCACGGCUAUCCACUACGAUCCAUCGUUCCCGGCCAUGUCGCCGCCCGGUCCGUCAAGUGGCUCAACCAGAUCACCCUAAGCGACGAAGAGAGCACCAGCCAGUGGCAACGCAAAGACUACAAGUGCUUCGGCCCCAACGAGACCAAGGUCGACUGGGACGCCGCUCCCGCAAUUCAGGAACUGCCUGUACAGAGCGCCAUUACAGAGGUCAAGACCGGGGGCUGGACAAAGGCCGCUCGGAACGAUGCACAGGGCCAGGCCGAUGAGACGGCAAAAAAGGUCACGCUUGGUGGCUACGCGUAUUCUGGAGGAGGACGCUCCAUCAUCCGUGUGGACGUGUCCAUGGACAGUGGCAAGUCUUGGUCCCAAGCCUACCUCUUGCCCGACUGCGUCGGCAAGGACGGCUCCCCGUCACCCUGCCAGGGCCACGGAGCGUGGUCGUGGAAGAGAUGGAGGUUCGACACCGCGGUCCCGUUGGGGACCUUUCAAGAGCCAGAAAAGGUCGGAAGCUCUGAGCAAGUAGGGUCAGGCGAGGUUGAUAGCCCACCAGCCGCGACUCAGGGCAACAAGAAGUGCACAACCGUCAUGGUCAAGGCCACCGACGACACGUACAACACGCAGCCCGAGAGCCAUGCCGCGACGUGGAACCUGAGGGGUAACCUCGCCACCGCGUGGCACCGCAUUCAGGUGUGCGUCGACUGCUCCUCGGCGCCCAGCCCUCCCUCAAAUUCGGAUCAAAAGGCUCCCAAGAACAAAAACGACGGUUGA